AUAUGUUCUGUUGUUAGCCGCUCGCCAAGGAACGCCUUGUCCCGGGGCUGAUUGAUUUCGUCAACUGACACCUACAUGGGCGGCAUCUGACAGGACAUGUGCCGAGAUUGGCUGAUAUGGCAUGGAGUUUUUGGAGAGCUCGCCUAUCUCGAAUGGGAUUUCGAUCGGGCAGUUGGCCAACCAGCAGCCAUUGGGGCCUCCUAGUGUGUUCAACCCUGGCACUAGCCCAUGCCUGCACAGCUCAAAAGCUCAUGUUCGCCACCCGUCGCCCCUCCUUUGUUGGUCUUGGCUGGGGACUGUUGGACCAUGGGCCGAAUGUUUUAGACUCGGUUCGUCUCGUUGAACAAUCAAAGCCGCCGCUGCCGAAUCGAUACUGUGGUCACAAACGAGGCUCCAACCCCACGGUAAUGCAUGUAGAGCUAGAUCAGAGCAGGGGAAAGAAACUCUGUCGACGCCCUCCGGUCCAACACAGUGGUGCUGCGGGUUGUGCGGCCCCAUCAAGGGUGAAUCGCCUGGUCGUUAUCGAGCUGCUGGUUUGACGAGAGCUUGAAAUUGAGCGUUGGAGAGAGAUGAAUGAGUGCAAGUCGGGAUGGAGAGAUGGGUAGACCUGUCGUUGAAUUGCGUGUCGGAAAAGCCAGAUCGUUGUCUG